AUGGCCCAGCCCCCUCUCAUGGCGGAGAGCUCAAACCCAUCUAAAACAUCAGCUAAUGACCCAUCUCCUCCAACCAACCCAUCCGUUCAAAGGCCAGGUUCAGCGUUGAAGCUAUUUGGUUUCAAUUUGACCGAGAGCGAUCCAACUGAGGACAAAACACAAACAUGUGGUGAACAUAGAAAAUUCCGAUGUCAGUUCUGUGGUCGGUUAUUCACCAACUCUCAAGCUCUUGGAGGUCAUCAAAAUGCACACAAGAGAGAGCGUCAAAGAGCAAAGCAGCAUGCCCAGCAGGGCAAUGAUCAACAAUUCCUAGCGGCUGCACCAAUUCUAAGCUCUCACUCAGUGAGAUCAGUACAUUCAGGAGGUUUUAACGUCACUGGGUCUGCCGCUAAGUUUGAUUCAAAAGCCAAAAUGGACAUUUCAUCACAGCCUCCAUUGAAGUCAUCCUCCUUCCCCUCUGGUCAUUUUGCUUCUCCAAUUUAUGUUGGACGGCCAUUGCACGUAGAUAUUACUGGCUUUGGGGCAUCAACCACUAGUACUUCGUUAACAGAUUUCGAUGGCAAAUUACGUGAGAGGGACAUAGAUGUUGAUCUUCAUCUUAACCUUUCUUCAUCUGGAUCUAAGAAAUUCAGAUGA